UGAGGAACAUCUACCACAUCAAUUAAACUGGUUUACAAUAGCAAUUUCUUUGUCAUCUUUAUCGUUAAAAUGUCAUUGCUGAGGGUUGAUGACGAAUCGGAGCCACUCUUGGCUGGCAGCAACUCAAAUAUUCAAAAGAAAGACAAUGUUCUUAACAAUAUCGUGGACGGGGAGUUUGUGGCUACCAAACGACGCUUUGUAUCGAGAGGAACUCUGAACGUUUUUAUAGCUGUAAUGAACAUUCUAAUGAAUGUUCUGAUGAAUGUGUCCUUACCAGUAUUUGCUGGAACAAUGAAUGAAGUUAAAAGCGAUACAUAUGCUUUGCUGAUGAUAGCUAAUGUGUGGUUUAUGCUUGUCUUUGUUGUAAUCAUGCUUGCUAUGAAAUUUUUCGUUAACCGAUCAUUGAGCUUUAAACCCUGCACUCAAUGGAAAUGGUUAUUUGUCAUGGGGCUAACCACGACCCUGAAUGGAAUUUUUGUCGUGUUUGCCAGUCCCCCUAAUAGAACACCGCCUUAUCUCCAAGGGAUCUUAGCAACAACCAAUAUUCCAUUUACCGUUCUCUCGCGAUUUGUGCUGCUUAGGAAAGGUAUAAGUUUAAGAAGAUUUGUUUGUGUUAUUGUUGUAUUAGUUGCAUUGUUUAUCACGGUAGAACCCCAGAUAUGGAACCUAAACGGCAGUGGUGGUGGCAGUGGCGACAGUUCUGAGUCUAGCAGUGCUAGAAUUCUUUGGCCUAUGUUAUUUGUCAUUGGUUUUAUACCCAUAGGUUUCCAGAAUGCCGUGUGCGAAAAGGUCCUAAAGGGGGAUGAGGCGCAUUCCUUCAACUUCCUAAUGUGGACUCAAGUGUUUCAGAUUCUGACUAUUUUCCCAAUGUUUUGGGUUGAUUUUAUUCCUGGUUUUGGCGAGGCGGCUUCCAUCUCCGAUUUUGGGACCAAGUUGUCAAGGGGUAUUCACUGUACUUUUAUGUCUCCUUGGGACUCAACAUGCAACGGUUUAGUUGGAAAAAUGUGGAUAUUUAUUACAGGAUAUUGUUUCGCCAAUCUUUUUCAAUUCUUGCUAAUUGAAUACGCCGAGGGUGCAGUUUAUGCCGUUGUUGUCCAGUCACUUGUAACUCCCACGGCAACAUUGUUCUGGUCUUUCUUUAAAUUCCAGACAAAAGAAGAUCAUUUCUUUUGGUCGCCAACUUUCAAUACAACAACAGGUUUCACUUUAGCGGGUCUAGCAAUAUUAGCUCCAACUGUUGUGGUGUAUAAUUACUUUAGUCGGAAAGAUGCAGAAGAAAGGCUCACUAUGGAAUUUACAGUCGAAGAACCCAGAGAUAAGGAUUAAGAACUACAUGUGUAGGAGGGCUGGCUGAAAAGUUCUAAGUCUGAAAAGGAUAGAUCAGUUGGUUUGAAACAAACUUUUGCCACCAACAAGUACAUCCAUUGAAUAAAUCAUAGACGUAAGAACUGCAACUGUAGUGUUAUUAUUGUCUUCGUACUAGACCAACUUGUGAACCUACCCCGGAGAUAGACAAAACUGGCUAAAGGGCAGUCAUCUAGUACCUGCAUUUGAAAGGACUAACUCCAUACAGAUACACGGUGAUAUGUUCUCCACUUGUUAGGAUCAUGUCCCUUCCUUGCCCACAGUAAAGAAGUGGGCUGUGGGAUUUAA